AUGUACCACAAUCCUACGAAACGCCAUGUCGAUGUGGAGGACUAUUUCCGAGGGCCGCGCGAUGUCAACAGACAUUCAAAGUGGCCACGAUUUAUGCGGAUGCAUGGAAGUAUUCUGCCAAAAAUGAUUUUGCCACUUUCCUUUCUGGCUAUCUGGGCGACCAUGAUCACCACCAUACACAAGAUGGUGCAUACUCUUGCUGUCGGUUCUGUUCUCCUGACGGUCCUGGGUUUCGUGGUCGGUCUAGCUCUUUCUUUCCGCUCCACUACUGCUUAUGAGAGAUUCACCGAAGGUCGAAAAUACUGGGCGCAGCUGCUCCUUGCCAGUCGAAGUCUGGCGAGACUGAUCUGGGUGCAUGGUGGAGAGAGACACAAGGAGUCCGAAUCGCUCGGCAAGCAGGAUUUAUUGGCCAAGCUCGCAGCUCUUCAGCUUAUCAACGCAUUCGCUGUUGCUCUGAAGCAUCAUCUUCGAUUUGAGCCUUCCACGGACUAUCCGGAUUUAGCUCCACUCCUGGGACACUUGCACACUCUGGCUGGUGAUGCGGAACAAGAACAGCUGCACGAUCGUAGACACUCCAAGCUGAAGUCAGUGGGCCAGUUCCUCGGAGUGCCAAUGGCUGAAUCGAAUCCACGGAAGCUGAUCAAGCGCUCCAAGGAAAAUCUGGGCAAUACACCCCUGGAGAUUCUCACAUACUUGGCGACAUACAUUGAAAAUCUGUUCCACAAUGGCACAAUGUCCAUCGGAUCGCAUCAAGGUCAGAUGCACACCCAGAUGCUCAGCUUGAGUGAUGUGCUUACCGGCACGGAACGUGUGGUCAAUACACCACUUCCCGUAGCGUACAGCAUUUCCAUCGCGCAAAUCACCUGGGCGUACGUCCUCCUGUUGCCAUUCCAACUGGUGACGACACUCGGGUGGAUUGCAAUACCAGCUACGAUCUACGCUGGCUACAUCAUCAUAGGACUCGCCCAGAUCGGCCAUGAGUUGGAGAACCCCUUCGGAAUGGAUGUGAACGACUUGCCACUAGAUUCCUACUGCCAUGAGCUUGCGAACGACAUAGAUGCGAUGACCGCCUCGCCUGCACCUCUGGACAACGAGACUUGGAUGCGACACGCCAAUUCGAAGCCUCUGUGGCCGUUGAGCAGUCUGGAGUUCAGCGCAUGGGAGCACAAAAGUGUUGAGGACAUUCGUGCGGCGCUUAAGGCUAAGGCUACGAGCCGUGACGUGAAGAAAGAGAGAAUGGCGUCCUAUGUAGAGAGCGAGGGCCUUUCAAAUGAGGCGUAG